ACAGUGUAGUCUGGGACGGGUGAUGGGACGGCGAGUGCGAGAGAUAUACAGUGGACACCCGUGACGAGUAGUGAUAGUGUGUGUUGACAAACACAACAGCUUCAAAGACACAUUACGUGCUACAAUCAACAUCCAGCACCGACUUACGAAGAACGAUAAAGCAAAUCACUCGCCUAAGCGGUGUGUCGAUGCCUUGACAUAACUAUCCUCUCAGAGUGAGUGAGCUAAACGCUCGUGCUGGGACUGGUGCCAACUGCUACUGCACAGUGCACGUGCCUCACGAGCCGCUCAGGCCUCAGCUCGUGGUGCCCCGCGGCCCGCCGGCGGCACGUGAGCCGGAUAUUCAGAGGACCGCGAGUCUACAGUGUCCGGGCACGACGAUCCAACUCACCGCGCUCAUGUGCGCUAAUGCGCUAAUGCGCCGCCGACAGGAGGCUUCUGUGUUCUGUGAUGCUGGCACUGCUCCGGAUAUGCAGCUGGUGCAGUGGACUCGAGCAUGAGCUGGGGAUGCGGUCCGAGAUGGAGCAGCUUCGAAAGUCGACAACAGGUGGCGCUGGCGACUACGGCGGUUCUCAGGAGCCGAGACCUCCCCUCUACAACGCCGAGGACUACGUACUCGGUCUGCGCCGCUGGGGCAAAAAGGGCGGCACCAAGGCCUACAUCGAGUCCUCUGCCGAGGGAGCCGAGCGCGACGCUAGGUCCGAGAAGAAGCGGAAGGAGAGGAACAAGCGCAGGGAGAUGACCAUGAGACAGCUGGCCGGCGUCUCCGAGCUGCUGAAGAAGCUGCGGCAGGACCUGCGCAUGUCCUACCCCAGCUUUGUUCGGGAGUUUGUUUCGGACCCGUAUGACGGUGUGACUGGACUGCUCGACCUUCUCAAGAUGAUACAGCUCUCCCAGACAGACUAUGCAGCCUCGAUGAGCGGAACGCUGCGCUCCAAGGAGCACCACAACUUCUUCCGUCGAGCUCUGACGGACGAGUACGACUGCCUCAUCUGUCUCAAACACUGUCUGAGGUGUGAGAAGACGGCCAGCAAGCUGGUCAACUACUCGCACGGCCUGUACACGGUGGCCGUCUGCAUCAUGAGCAACUUCAGCAAGUCCAGGAUCCUGGCACUAGAGCUCCUCACGGUGGCGUGCGAGACGCUCCCUCGCGGCCACAAACAAGUGAUGGAGGCUGCCAGCACGUUGCGCCUGCGUUUCGGCGAGCCGGUGCGCUUCAAAUUCCUCGUGGGAAUGCUCACCUCGUUCGGUUCGCCCAGUUUCCAGGCGGCGUGCCUGCGCUUCCUGAACCGUCUGACGGAGCUGGCUGCCGACAAGAAGGAGCGCGUCCACCUUCAGGCCGAGAUCGAGGAGGCCGGCUUCGACGUCAACGUGCUCAGGAAGUUCCUGUCCAACAGUAACGAGACGGCCGCAGUUCGCGAGGAGCUCGACAGGUGGCAGCACCAGUACGUGGACGUGGAUGACCUGUACGAGCAGCUGCAGGCGGAGCGGGCGCACACGGCCCGCCUGAGGGCAGAGAAGGACGACCUCAGCACAGAACUAAAGAACCACGCCACACGAAUCCAGUCGAUGCGGCAGAACGAGGACGCCCAGUCAGCACGGCUGCAGCGUCUGGAGUCCCAGCUCACGGCCGCUCCCCACUCGAGGAUCAGCCGCACUAGCAGUCGAACCAGCCGCGGGACGCUAGAGCCACCUGGCGGCGCGCAGGUGUAUCCGAGCUUCCCAGCGCCGCCUAGAGAUGACGCGCGGGAGGCAGACAUGAGUUCAACUGGUUCAGUGCUCUCCUCGACUCUCUCGUCGAUCUCGCUGGCGAGUCGUGAUGAGAGAGCCGUCUCGGCAGAGAAGGAGCGUCAGAUUGAGGAGAAGGAGAAGGAGAGCAGCGGAGACGAGGAGAGGAAGAGCAGGAACAGGAGCGAGAGCAGUACACAGGGCCGCCACUCGCCGUCCGACUUUGAGAAGGAGAAGCUGAGUGGUGAGACCAUCGAAGUCAAGAACGACAUCAUCAUGUUCGACCCGUCCCGGCCGCGGUCUGCCAUCUCCUCGCAGCUGCCGCCCAGGUCGGAGCGGCGCGUCUACCAGAACGUGACUCCGAUGCCGGUGGCGCCGUGCGGCCGUCACUCGUGCGAGGCGGACGACAUCCGGGAGGCCAUGGACCAGCUGACCAGCGUCAUCGACAACGCCGAGUCCAACAUGAGCAUCGCUUCAGACCGCAGCGGCUCGUCCCACGCUGACAGCCUGAGCCCUCCGCCCCGCAAAUCGCGCGGCUCUCGGGAGAGGCACAUCGUCCCGUGCCGGGUACCGAUGCCGCCGGGCAGGACAGCCUGUCGACGUCACGCCACAGCGGACCAAUCAGAGCGCGAGGAGACGCUGACAGCUAGCAGUGAGACGAGUCAAAACAGCCUGCAGCGCCCGACUGAGCGCCGCCAGUCGCGGCCAUCAAGCGUGGUGGAGUCGGAGAGUACUCGUAGUUUCCACUACUCCCGCGGGGCGGCGCUGCGGAGGCGGGAGACGUUCGCUGAACCGGCGGCGCUCGGAGCCGGACGUCUGGGCGUGGUACAGCGUUCGGGCAGUUUCCACCACGGCGGAGGGCUGGCAGAGGCCCGCCACUGGUGUGGCAGCGUCGAUCAGCUCUCAGCGCUCGUCCCUCGAGCUGCUGCUCGCAUUGAGGAGCGCGAGAGAGGCGAGAGGUCCGAGCGAGGGGAAAGAGCGGAGCGGAUAGACCGCAGAGCUAGCGCCGGAUGGUCAGCAGCCCCACGCAGAGCUCGCUCGCGAGACGAACUAGCCCCAGCGCGAUCCGGGAAGAGCGGAGAGGAGCACGAGCGUCUGCAGCGGGCUGCUGAACUCCGCAUGCGCCGCUGGCUGGAGGAGCGGCGCGCGGCAGAGAUGGCGCCACCGGAGCCGCAGAGGGCGCCACCAGUGCGGCCGGUGCGCCGACGCCGCGAGCCCGACCCCGCCUCCUCCUCCGGCUGGGGCUCCGGCUCCGGGUCCGGGUCCGGCUCCGGAUCCGGGUCCGGCUCGGCCUCGUCCGACUUCCAGGAGGCGGAGGAGCGGCGGGGCACCGGCGGCGGGCCCGAGUACCGUCUCCCGGAGCCGCGCGGGUUCGUCUCGCGGGGUCACCGUAACGCCGGGCGUUACUCGUCGCGCCACCUGCAGAUCCCGUCACCGGACUACAGCAGCGGUACGCUCAGCUCGGCCACCAGGAUGAACAUGUCCAGCAGUGUGAUGGACCUGCCGUCCGCGCUCUAUUGAGGGUGAGAGAAGGCAAUGAAAACCAGCUGAAAACUUCAAGUGAUGGACCUGCCGUUGGCGCUCUACUGCGGAGCAGAGUGAGGCAAGGGAAUCGAGCUAAAGAUGUGCGAUAUCGUGAUGGACCUGCCGUCCCCACUCUACUGAGGCCUGAGGGUGAGGGAGGGGCAGUGGAAGCUGGCCGAAGACGCCCGGCAGCGUCAUGAACCUGCGGCCUGCCGAGCGUUGUGGCGGGUGAAGAAACGCCCGAGACGCCCGCGAUUCGACAGUAUCCCGGAUAAAUUGUGGAACACGGUGCUGAAGAAUAUGAACAUGCUGAGCAAUGGACCAACGAGUAGUUGGGUGAACAGCGACUCUGUCAAACCAGCACAUGAUUGCUUACAAGUUCGGUAGAAUUAUACAUUCGCUCGAUCAAAAGCUGCGUAUCUAUACGGUCAAGCAGGCAAUAGUGAAUGAGGUCCUCUCCGUUGUUGUGACUUCAGAGUGAAGCAUUUUGCUGUCCAGUUCAUUGGGAUAGGUCCAGAAGAACGCCGGAUAAAUACCGCUACCGCUAAGUAUCGCUAAUUUCUUCCCGUUUCAAGCUCGCUUUCUUCGUGUGAACUGCGAGGAUUUAAGCGGUGCUCCAAUUUUCACAGUUUGACGAUGUGGCUGACGCCGUUCUAUUUGAGCCAGACUAUGAACGUGUUUAACUUGUAUUUGUCGCUCUCGUUUGAUGUGAUGAUGCAUUUUGUUACGGAUGGACGCACUUUCUUGGUGAUGGGGUGGAGAGUGUAGUUACGGUAAUGAAACGAUGGUAGAAGAGUUGUGCUUGAUAGAAUCUGGUUAAUAUCACACGAUGGAACUAUUUCAAUUGCCGGGCCAUUGUGAAGCCGUAAGUACGAUGUGUAUUGCGUGUAAACUGUGAACGGUAACAAGCCCGUAGUUGGAUGAAUGUGUGAGUGAGAUAGGUUGUUCGACAAACGGUGUCGAAAGUGUAAUUCGCCAUAUCGAGAGAGAUGUUGCGCAGUACCUAUGCUGGAUAAAACGCAGGUAUGGGCCCGUGCUGACAGUUGAGACAGCUGACAGCUGACAUCGACCAACUUCGAUUCCAUCGACUUUUGACAACAAUAUGCCUAUACGUCCUUCAUUGCGUGCAUGUUUUGUUAUUAUGCGUAUUACGAAUGUUUUGGUUAAUAAAUACGAUUCAGAAAUACAUUUUAUGAGG